GAGAAUCCGCAAUGCCAGCCGAGAUGCAACUCCGCCGAUCUCGAAAGGGUUGAAGCCCACCUCGAGACGAAGGAGUUGUGGGACAAAUUUCACACUCUCGGCACGGAAAUGAUCAUCACCAAAACUGGCCGACGAAUGUUUCCGACAGUGCGGGUUUCCUUCACUGGUCUGAAUCCCAACGAGCGGUACGGAGUCCUCAUGGAUAUCGUGGCCUGCGAUAACAAACGAUAUCGCUACGCAUACCAUCGUUCAUCGUGGCUGGUCGCCGGAAAAUCGGACCCCGCAUGUCCUCACGUCCUCUAUCAGCAUCCGGAUUCGCCUUUCCAAGGAGACCAGCUACGGAAGCAGGUGGUGUCUUUCGAGAAGGUCAAGUUGACGAACAACGAGAUGGACAGACAGAAUCACAUAGUUCUAAACUCGAUGCACAAGUAUCAGCCGAGGAUACACCUCGUGAAGCUCAGAUCAGAUUUCUGCAAUUCAAAUGGCAUGCCGAGUUUAGAGAGGGAGGAGUACAAGACGUUUGUAUUCCCGGAGACCACGUUCACUGCCGUCACGGCCUACCAGAACCAGUUGAUAACUAAGCUCAAAAUCGAUAGCAACCCCUUUGCUAAGGGCUUCCGGGACUCCUCGCGCUUGACAGACCUCGAAGGUGACUCCGUGGAAAGCUUACUGAGAGAGCACGCGAUGCGACAUCUCCCAUUCGCUCGAGCUGUUUUCACUGGCGAUCUGCCCCCGCCUACUCCGGAACAACAAUUUCUAGCGACGACCUCGGCCUUGGGAAGGAUGCCGACGUCUUCGGAACUCCUCCUAUUGCAAGCAGCGGCAACAAAUUCUCCUUGGGCAAAACUGGCCGCGGCAGCGACCCUCGGUCAAUCCUUCGGUGCGUUACAAACGAACGCCAUGGCGGAAAUCCAUGCCCUCAUGGCACAACAUCAGGCACUCGCGGCAAGUGGUUCGCAACAAGCUCUACUCGCAGCCCAGCAGCACUUCCUCGCAGCGAGCCAAUCUCCUACCUCCAUGUCCCCUCGCAUGUUCACUCCAUCGCCACCGGUGACAAAGUUCUCGAGUUUCCUCCCACGCCAGAGUCCGUCGAGAGACGCUUCACCCAAUAAAUCAGAAGGACAUGAAAGUCCUGCCUUAGAUCCUCCGUGACUCCAGACUAAAGUAUAGAGAUUCUGAACAUUCGUUGAACUCCAUAAAAACUCAAAGUUCCUCAAUCCUUUAUCGCCCUCUGUAUCGUUGUCGAAGCGACCCACUUCAGAGAGACCACACCUUUCUUUGUCUCCUCCGCGAGAUGAUUGUUCUGUUUGUGGAGGCGGAAACCUGCGUGCAAUAUGGGAAAUUACCUCCGAUUGAACCCCAGCGACUCCCCACGACAUCGAGGCUUGAACAGUCUUUGAUGCUGCGCUUCACAUCAUCGGGAGCUAGGAGACUGUCUCGAAAACGCAUCGGAAAUUGCACACCAACACACAACUGUGCACCCCUAGUUGUUCCACACGAUGAGAUGCCGCAGAAGAAAAAAUACAGUCAGCCCCAGAUUUCAAGCGGUUUACCGGUACCGGAAAGCAGAGAAUGUCACUCGAUAAGGCGCGUUGUGCUCUUUACCACGUUUUGUAUAUAUGGUGAGCUGGAUGUG